AUGGACAUCUCAGACAACCUUGCCCUCCUCCAGCUUCAAUUGGCACAGAAUGCAAUGCGGCAGACUGAUGAAGAUUUUGAGGAAGACAUCAUCGUGUGCACCGGCCUGAUCAUAUAUGGUCUAGAGGAGGCACGCCGCCUACGCUCUGAAAGACGGUGUCUGCGAAGACUGUACUUGACACGUCCUGACCUCCUUCCAAACCCACGUCAAGAUACACCAUGGCAGGUCCUUUAUGAGAGCCGGAACGAUCGCGCGUUCAUAACCACAAUGGGAUUCAAUGUCACGACCUUUCACAAGAUUUUGGAUCACGGGUUCAGGGAUUUAUGGAACAACCAGGCGAUUCCUCGCUGUGAAACCAAUGCUGAGUCAAGGCCACGACUUGGUGGCCGAUCUCUCAAUGCUGAAGGCGCGCUCGGACUCGUUCUCCAUUGGCUCAACUCGACUAUGCUCGACGUUAGUCUGAUGCAAAUCUUUGCUCUUGUUCCUACUACAGUAUCCCGAUACAUCACCUUUAGUUUAUCAAACCUUCUUUUCACACUUCGUCGAAUGCACGAGGCAGGCAUUCGGUGGCUUGUCGGGGAUGAGUUUCAGGAGAAUAACGGUCUCAUUGUGGAUCGUCAUCCACUUCUCAAUGGUGCAUUUGGCAGUAUGGAUGGCUUGAAUCUACCUGUCCAAACAUCACCGGACCAGGAGAUCGAGAACACAACGUUCAAUGGUUGGCUUCAUGACCAUUUUGUGAGCAGUGUGUUUGCUUUCAGUGCAAAGGGUGAGAUCAUCACAUGUAACCUCAAUGCUCCAGGUAGCUGGCACGAUUCACGUGUUGCUCGCCCCAUCUAUGAGAAGUUACGAGCCCAGACACCAGAAGGUUACUAUCUCGUCACUGAUACGGCAUUCCCUAGAGGAACCGAUCAGAUCGCAGGCCGUAUCAGAGCUCCAAUGAAAGACGGAGCUCGUCUCCCUCUCAACCGUUUGGAACGAGAGAGACUCCUUCAAGAAGACCGACAACUUUUGUCUUACAGGCAGACCGCUGAGUGGGGUAUGCGCACCAUUCAAGGUACCUUCGGCUGCUUACAUGUACCUCUUCAAAUCGCGUACCACGAAAUUCGGGGUGAUCUCCUCGAAACCUGUGCACGCUUGUUCAAUCUCAGGGCACGAGAUGUUGGUAUCAACCAGAUACGGUCCGUUUAUAUGCCAAUUUGGAGGGAAGAUGAGCAGGAAGAACUUUGGAUGACUUUUGAGAGCAUGUUGUUUUCGAUGCAGAGAAAGAAUGACCUGGUUGGACGUUUUCAUAUGAUUGUAGUUGAAUAA